AUGAGCGUACUACAAACGGAAAAGCGAGCAGAUACUGAAGUGAUAAGGUAUUCCUUCACAUACAUUACCUCAGAAGAGAAAGAGGAAAGCGAGACGCCACAGAGCGAACAGCUCUCCCCUGAGAACUCCGGGCAUAUCUGGAACACUGUCAAUACCGGAGGAAUGGUAUUUGGUUCAAUCAUGUUGAAGAUCAUCACUUCCAAAAUCAUCAAGGAGAGCCCAGCGAAGGCUCGGGGAAAGGGACAGAAACGAGGGCGGCUGGCGAGAGGUCGCUCCCCCGGCCCCAACUCGUGCCGGGUGCCCGGGCAGCAGCAGGAGGAGCCGGGGAGUGGGCUCCAACCGUGCAGCCAGAGGGUGCCGAGCAAGCUCCUUGUCCCGCGGCGGCUGCGCCGGGGACGAGCGGAGCUCGGGGGCCGCAGGCAGCGGGGCUCCGGGCCGGCUUUCCCCGCAGCGCCCGUCCCGACUCGCACCUACCUCAGCACCUCGGUGGACCGGGGCCGGCUCCCGGGGCUGCGGCGGCGGCUGUGCGACGCUGGGGAGGCGGCGAGCGGCGGCGGAGCCGAGCCGGGGCUGCUGGCACGGGGAGCGCGGCGCUGCUGCGGGGGGCUCCGGGCGCCUCUUUGGCUCUGUUCGGAAAGUUACCGCGGCCGCACGACCCACCUUAAACCCGCCUCCCCGCAGGACCCGGGGGAGGGAAGGAGGAGCGGGGAGGAGACAGGGGUGGGGGCUCGAAGCCGGUCCGGCCCUGGCGCAGCACCGAGGCGCGGCAGCAGCUCCGGGAUGCUGGGGCCGGCUCUGAGCGCCGAAACUUUCCCGUUUCCCGUGGCGCUGCCGCUGGAUUUGGGCUUUUUCGCUCGUUCGUGGUUGGAUCGGCAGCUGACUCAGGACAAAGAAUCAAACUGACGCUCUGGCAUCCCAAGGUUGCACCCGAGCCGUGCAUGUGGAAACGAGGAAGCAAACUCUCUAGCUGAGGCUGGAACACUUGGCGACUCAGCAGAAGGUAGCUGAGAAAAAAACAAGGGUCCCUGCCUCCUGCAGCUGAAUGAACGGGAUGUCCAGAGCAGAAAUCUAUCAAACUCCUCGGAUGUACUCAGUGGGAGAUCAUGCAAACUUCUGGACCCGUUUCAAGGUGCCUUGGUUUGCUACUCCACGCAUGCAUCCAUUUGCAGGGGCAUGCAGCUGUAAGCAAACACAGAGACGCUGGCUAAUGCUGAUGCCAGGCAAGACCAAGAAGAUGCUAACAGAGAAAAGCACGAUGGAAAAUCUACCUCUUGUCUAGCAUCCUCUACCGUCCAGAGGAUCUGCCCUUGUAUUGUCAGAUCGACUGCACCACUGCUGCUAUUUAGGGUUGCUCAGUGACACUGGAUGCCUGAAGAGAUAUCAGGCAGGGAAUAAAUCACAUCCUAUGGCUGCAGUUUCCUUCCUGAAAGAUGUACCAGAAGUUAUAAACGUAUACUAAAAGUCUUUAGAUCAAAAUACUUGUGACAUGUGAAUUUAACAGCUGCAUCAACUUAGCUCCUAGCCAGCAGUCUUAUGCUAAUCUUGUAUAGUCUCUUCAAGAUGAAAUGUUCCAUUGGUGUUAUGUACUAUUUUUGAUAAUUUUCUAAUGAGAACAAUAACAUUGGCCAUGAUCAGGCUUUUUAAAAUCAUCUCAGCAUGUAAGAAACGUAAGACCAAGACCAAUUUGACAAUAUAGCAAAAUGGCUAAUGGAACAUUAUGUCAUUGUAGCCACACGAUGUAUCUCCACAUCAUACUAUAUUUUAUGUACACGUGAGGCUGCCAAAAUCCUUUGUCCUGCGCUGUGCAUUUCUUGGUAACACGCCAGUACAUGACCGCAGGUGAUGGCAGAGUUUCAAAUGGGAUAGUUUGGGCCAGAAACGAUGCACUGUUUCCACAAGGGACUCACUGCAAUCUCCCAGCCUCCUGAAAAAUUUCUCCACUCCUCCCACUGCUUCUGUGCCUCCAGGUCCCUAACCUUCCCCUUGCUGCUCUGUCCUGGUUUGCAGCGCUCCUAAAUCUUGCACCAGCCACCUAAACUGGGAGAAAAGGACAGCGAAGAACACGUGUGCUGGAAGUGACUGCUGGCUUACCCACUCCUUUUCUGCAAACCCAGCUCCCUGCUUUUUCACUAGCUCCACAGGGCUAUUUUUCUUCAUUAGCUAUGGUUAAGGCAACCUGACCAGGAGCUGCAGCACUACUGGUGCCUGAGGUCAAUUCAUCCCCAUCUUUCCCUACCUGUUCUUAAUUAUUUUAUGGUUUUUUUUUAGAAACAUCCUAAUAAUGAAUUUCAAUAAUAAAUUAGCAAUCGUGUUUAUUUAUUAUAUUAUUUUCAAAAUUUAAAAAAAUUAAAUAGAUCAAAUUUGAACUAGAUUUAUUGAAUAAAGGUAAUUAGUUCUGUUGUUUGUAUAAGAAUAUUAAAAGCACCAGUUGCUCCAUACUGAUGACAUUGUUUGUGACUCAGCAGUGUCACCAGUUUCCAGUUGGGGAAACUAUUUAGCUUCCCUGAUCUUUUCAAAAUGUAAGAUGCCAUCUGAAGUGCCUGGAGACAGAACCAGUCUACAUAAAAUAAUUCAGGCCAGCUUGUUGCUAUAAUUUUAUUUCUAAUUUUCUUUGUCUUUCAAGGUUCUCUUUAAAACUUUCAACAGAAGUGUCCUGUCAAACUACAACUGCCCUGAAUGUCAAAAAAAGAUACUACACCGUUGCAUGAAUGUUUACAGAUGUUUGAGACAAAGCACUCAUUCCUGCUCUUCCUUCUCACAUAAAAUCCCAUACAGUUCAGCAGUUUCACUUGGAAACAAAAGUAUAGUCCUUGUAUUCUCUGAAAUAGGGUUGUCUAUUUGAAGAGCAGUAGACCAUAGUAUAUUUCAAUGCAACUGGUAAUGUAUGUGUUUUACAUCUGAGGUUGACUACUACAAUACUCAUUUAUUUUCAGUCUCUAUUUAAAUGCAACUGCCCUCUAAACAGAGGGUGAGUAAAAAAAAAACAAACACCAACAGCAUGAGAUUGCAUUACAUUGAUUCUAAUUCAGUCUAUUUUAAAAAUGCACCGUUUACAAAUAAGAAGGUAUUUUGGCCUUUUUCUUCUUAUUGAUGACUCAGUGAGUCUAGCUCAGAGUUAUAGUUAUAACAUCAAGUGAAUCUUCAAGCUUAGCAAUAUUCUUCCAUAAUUUAGAAUGAGUUUUGAAAUUCUGAAGGACAAAAUAACCCUCAGUUAUUGGUACACAACCUCAGUUUGGUGAAAUCGUAUCUUUGGUUAUUCCCAUGCAACUCGAGCAGCAACAUGAAACUGAGAAAAGAAUUUGGAGGGGAAAAAA